UCAAAGCCUCUCUUUAAAAUACCAUUUUCCCUUAUCAAGUAAUUAAAAGCAAUUUGGUCUCAACAACAUCAUGGGUUCUUUAGCAGGUCAUGUAGCACCAGGCAUUGCCUUCUUGGCACUUGGCUUGUGGCAUCUUCUUAAUCACAUCAAGCUCCAUUCUCUCCACCCAAAUUCCUUCACUUCAACUCCAUGGUUUCCCUCUUCAAAAAUAAGGUACAUUGAGCUCUACUUGAUCAUGCUAGGGACCUCCAUUUCCAUGGCCAUUGAAUUUGUCAUAGGUCCCGAAAAACACCACCCUUUUGACACCGAUGGAACCAUUCCCUCUAACCAUCUUCGCAACUUUGAACACGCAACAAUCUCAUUCACUUUCUUCACUUACGCAGCUUUCGCCAUUCUUCUUGAUAGAAUUGGGUGCAAAACUCAGUUUGCCCUAACACAAUUACUCGGAGCCAUCGCCUUUGCCCAAGAACUUCUUCUUUUUCAUCUUCACUCAGCUGAUCACAUGGGAAUUGAAGGCCAUUAUCACUUGCUUUUUCAAUUUGUCAUUCUUGUUUGUUUAACCACAACCCUGAUGGGCAUUAGCCUCCCCAAAAACUUCUUGAUCGCCUUUGUUAGAUCAGCCAGUAUUUUUUCCCAAGGUGUUUGGUUUAUUUUGAUGGGCUGCAUGAUUUGGACUCCUGAGUUUAUACCGAAAGGUUACUUCAUAUACAACGACCACGGUCACCGAGUGGUUAAAUGCCAUGAUGAGGAGGCUUUGCGUAGAGCUAAGUCACUUGUAAAUCUUGAAUUUAGUUGGUUUUUAGUUGGAAACACUAUAUUUUCAGUUUCUUUAUAUGUGGUUUUAGAUCAAAUUAUUGGAGAAAAGAAAGUUGAGUAUGCAACGUUGAAAAGAGAAGAUGAACACUCCGACGAUAUUGAGUCACAAGAGGACAAAAAAUUUGGUGCGCUUAAGAGUUUUUAUUGGCACGGGAAAAGAUGGUUUUGCAUCAAUUAAAUUGAAAGAUAGAAAGGAGAAGACGAUGAGUCAAAAAUUAAAGAGGGUUGGUGAAAUCCAGUUUGUCACUUUCAUUAUCUUUGUUUUGGCUUAAAGAAAAAACAAUGGAUGGCUUGUGGAGAAAAAAAGUGUUAUGAAUAUUGUAGAGGGAAAUUGUUUGGUUUGUAUAUAUUGAUAUGGCAUUUAGCUUAUUGGGAUUGAGUGCUAUCUGUUUGUUUGUGUAGAUGAAGUUAAUAAAAUCCAAUACCUAUU